AUGGUGAAGGACAAGACGGCAGCGCUAGAGCGCACAAAGAAUACGAAGGAGGUGGCGAAGGGCAGGAAGCAGCAGCGCGGGUCAUCGUCGCGUGCGAGGCUGCCGCCGGGCUGGAUCCAGGGCAAUUGGAUCCGGUCUUUGAUUCGGCAGGCGGACCUGGACGAGCUGGCGGAGUCGGGGUUAAUCGCCAAGGGAGCGGCAAGGCUGCCGGAGGGGGAGAUGAGCCCUCAGCCUCAACCGGGUGAGUGCGUUCUGCUCGCCACCCAGGUGUUCACUGAGAUGCAUUCGAUGCCCAAUGGCGAGCAGGCUUUGGAGCAGGCUCAGGAGGGGGAGGACAGCGUGGAAGAUAGUGACGAGUGGGAUUCUCAGGAAGACGAUGAGGAGGAGGAGAGGGAGGAGUCGGACGAGGAGGAGGAAGUUGACUCGCCGCCACGCUCCGAACGUCGAUCCAAACAGCAGCAUGACCUGGCCGGCGGGCGCGGGAAAGGUGUGGGUCCGAGUGCCAAUACUCAGAAGCGCACUCGGACGUUGACUCCAGAGCCGACGGAGAAGGUGGCCAAGCAGCCUAAAGUUGCUCCCUCCAAGGCCCGGAAGACACUUCCGUGCAUCAAGAUGGAUGUCCCCGUUGCCUCAGGCCCCACCUCUGCUGCCACUGACAUGGACGUCGAAAAGGCACCAGGAGACGAAGAGGCCACCUCACGAGCUGCUCCACAAGAUAUCGUUGUGCUUCCUGAUGACAAAGAAGAAGAAGUGCCUCUCCAGGAGAGGAGGAAGAAGAGUGGAAGCUCAAGCAUGAAGAAGCUUGAAGUCUAGGUCCCUCAGUCGACACCGGCGCCUGAAGCGAUAGUCCGGACCAACGUCACAUUCGCUAACCCGUUGACGACUGAUCGUCCGUCAGGGUCGACUGCGCAGACACCUGCUGCACCGAUGCAGCUCCACUCAUCUGACCCGGUAGCUACUUCGACCCCUCUGGAGCCAUCCCUCUUUGCUACAUAUCAAACUCCAGACGACUCGUCGGGUGCUGCUAGGGAAGCUCUUCGCCAGGCAAACCUUGUCAUGGAGCAGGUGAAAGUGAUGCAUGAAGCCAGUCAGAUAGCUUACAAUGCCAGCACUGCUCUUCAGACCAAUGUUCAGGUCAGCAAAAUUCCGAAUGAAAUUUUUGAAUGUCGCUUUGUAUCUAAUCACCCACUGGGUGUUCCUUCAUUUAGAACUUAGGAAAUCUUCAAUUCUGCACUUUUCGA